GAACUCUGUUGCAGCAGCAUAUCUGGAUCUGUGUGCAGAGGAAAGUGUUUCUGCCAUCGGACAGCAUGAGAGCCUUCAUCCUGCUGGUGUUCCUGUCAGCGAGCUGCCUGGCUCAGAGACCCAAACCAUGCAAAUCCCCACAACUGCUGACUGGAAGACUCUCUGUGGCUACCCAAAAAGAGAAUCUGAUGGCCUAUGCCAGGUACACCUAUGACGCAAUGGGACAGCGAAUCCGCCUCAGAGAGUUUGGAAGUUAUGACAAUAAGAGCUUCCACUUCGAUGUACUUCUACUCUUCCAAAAGGGUGUCAUGUACAAGAUAAAUAACAAGAACAAAACAUGCUGCAAGAAGCCACUGAAGAGAGACUUUCACCCACUGGCCAUCCCAGAGGGCGCUAACCUGCUAGGACAGGUGGUGCUGGGCAGCUCCUCGGGACCAGGGCAGGGGGUCCUGGUCAACUCAUGGGAAGGAGAGCUGCAGAUGAAGAAUACAACAGCAAAGUACAUUAGCACCGUCACAGAGUUUGGAUGCGUCCCUAUCGCCACCAUGUUUCACACCUGCAAAAGUGGAUGGAUGGUGACCAGCUUCUUCAACAACGUCAUUGGAUUAGCGGAGCCUCAAGAACUCAUCCCUCCACGUUUCUGUAAGGACGCCCAGCUGGAGGAAGAGGAGGAUGAGGAUCCAGCGACCUUCUUCAGCUUGUUUUAAAACAGACUAUGUUUUAGAUAUGUGAUGCACUUUGAUGAUGAAUACUCUAAUAUGACUGUUUGCACUCUAUUGAUUCUUUACUUGAGUAGCAGUCAUUGGUGUGGUAUAUCUUUUUGUAGAAUUCAUGACGCAAUUAAUUACAUUUGAAUCAAUACAAUUAUUGUGUUAUGUGUGUAUAACCAUUAGAUUGAGUGUAAGAAGUGAUUGACAACAAAACAGUUGAAGUAAAUGAUAGGCUACAGUUAAAAAGUCACUUGUGAUGUAACAGUAAUAGAAAAUCAGAAAUCAAAUAGUUCAGAUUGUUUUUGCUUGCUUUUGAAAUCUGUUUAUUAAGGUAUGUUCUACUUUGAUUUACAUGAAACCAGUGAAGGUAUGGCACAGCAGUGCAAAAGGCUAACAUGCACAUAAUUAGCUGAGGCUGGUGGGAAUGUUAUUAAUACUGCAUGUAUUUGAUCAUAAACCGUACUAAUCAAACUGAGAUGUUGACCUACUGUAUGUCAGCACUUCCGCACUUGUGUAAAUUAAAGAUGAAAAUGUUUGCGAUGAUCUUUAUACUUAAAAAGAAGUAAAUGACAUACUCAUUUACUCUUUACUUUUAAAUCUUAACUGUCACAAACCGGCUCAGGAAAUGCUACAAAAGAGAGGAGACAUGUCAGGUUAGCGAUGCAUUUAUUAAAUCCCAACAAUCAUCAAGAUACCACCACAGGAAACAAGACAAUAUAUUAUACAGUACAUAUAAGGGUGUAAUGUGUGUGCCAAACUGGGCCUGGAUGGCUCCUGGAACACUUUUGGGACCCUCCCUGACAGCAGCAGACAAACAGAGCAUAACCUUGACUUGAUUUUUCAUAAUGGAUACUAUAUAUUCAUACAUACACAAGAGGGCAGUGUUGCACUUUACUUCCCACACAUUUGGAGAUGUGCAUUUGGAAUUUGUAUUACUUCAUGUUUUAAUCAGAUCAAAAUGUAUUCAAAUAUUAAAACACUAAAUAAAUGCUGAGGUUAAUUUUU